AUGACGUAUUGGCCCAUCUCGUCGCCCUCUGUGUUUGCGGCCACAAAACACACGAACCAUGAGCGGACGAAUGUCUCGCACGAUGGAUUGGAGCACAAGAAAGCAACCGAGCAGCACAAUGGUCCAGUGAAUGGGUCGCAUGCACCGGUCAAGGAUGAAACAUGCACGCAAGGAGAUGACGCUGCGCAAAGGACAAAUGGCGCACACCAAGCUCAGCAAGGCACGUCCGAGCACUUGGUAGAAGACGAUAUACAUGGAGAGAUCAUUGCGAUACGGGUUACAAGGAGCGGCCACCCCACUGUUGUGCUAGCCUCUGUGUUGCGCUCCCAACACUCAGUGAAGACGUACGGCCCAAACUCAGACAUUCUCCUCCGCCCCGACUCGCAAAUCUUCGUCAUCCAAACCACGCUGGGCUUCUUGAUCACGUACUCGCUCGCGACAGAUCAUUCCUCGCGCGUCUACCGUACUCAAUUCACCAAUACGCAUGGAGGACAUUCGCGGAAAGGCAGCGCAAUUUCAGGCUUCAAGAUACGGCGCCAGCAUGAUCACAAUGCGGGGCCUGGUGAAGGAAGCGGCUUCAAGGAGCUCAGCCUGCGCUUCAGGAUGGUUAUACGUGUGGAUGCCGGGAUUGUUAGGGCUCUCGCUCUGGACGAGGAGCUCACUGUCGCAACCGAGAAGCCAGCUGCCGUACAGUGCAUCCGCUGGGCACCAGACAAUACUGGCAGUCAGACCAGUACAGAGUUGCUCAGCAAGAUGACAUGGCUGGGCGCGAAGACAACACUUCGUGAAUUAGUUCAUGAUCGACCCAUGAAUCUCUCAUGCUGGGUGACGGGAGAAGGGCAAGCUUUUGCUGUUCAACGAAACACUGAAAAACACGGCAGUGAAUCCCCUGCCCUAUUCCGUGGCUAUGGCUUUCAUGUGCCCGAGAACAAUGCUGAACACGGUAUAAAAGCUGCAAUCAAUGCACGAUUUUCCCUUCUCGCUGUUGGCUGUGCCAAUGGCGAAAUCUACGUGUACACGGCUCGAGACUACACAGGAAACAUACCGCUUUCGCAUAGACUACAGCCCAACACUAGUUCACCCGGAAAACUCACUGUUCUCGCUUACUCGCCUGACGGUUAUUGCCUCUUCGCUGGCUAUGAGCGUGGGUGGGCGAUGUGGAGCGUGUACGGCAAGCCUGGAGCUACCAGCUUCGGCACUGAUCGAGGGAUGUCCGAAACAAACGCCGAGGGCUGGCUUCUGGGUGUACAUGAUGCAUUCUGGAUCGGUGGGGGUGCAGAGCUUCUUCUUUUGAACAAGAACGACAACCGUCUGUUCGUUGUCGAAAUGGCAAGGAGCGCAGUCACUGGUUGUUUCUCCUCAGCCAACGUGUCGCGUUCUUUGAUGCAGACAAGUACAGGUUUCAUGAUCUAUCGUGGUUACGAUCUCCCAGAUCUGACCACUAUAUCUGCCGAUGUCUCUUUGUGGCAUCAGGUUCAGGUACCCGCCUCCUACCUGGUCGAUCAGUGGCCAAUUCGAUGCGCAGUCAUCUCAAACGACGGUCGGUAUGUUGCCAUCGCUGGUAAGAGGGGCCUUGCCCAUUACAGUGUCAAUAGUGGACGUUGGAAAAUGUUCGACGAUCCCAUAAUAGAGAAUGAGUUCACAAUCAGAGGAGGCAUGUGUUGGUUUCAGCACGUUCUCAUCGCUGCGAUAGAAUCUCACAAUUCGCACGAGAUUCGUAUAUAUUCUCGCGAAGCUGCACUCGAUAACAGCCACAUCAUGCACAAACAAAAACUACCCGCACCAAUCGUACUCAUCGCUCCUUCCGGAGAAGACUCACUCCUUGUCUAUACCUACGAAAACAUCUUGUACCAUUACGUAAUCAAUGUUGCGGACGCUGCCGUCAAGCUUAUCCAAGUGGGCCAGAUCGCGUUGCAUGGGAUCAUCCGGGCACCUCCACGCGUACGAGCUCUGAGUUGGAUCUUACCAGAAGAUCAGAUUCAUAAUGGAGAUCCGUCACAAGAUGUAGCUGUCGCAACCAUACUGUUUCUCGUUGAUGGUAAACUGGUACUACUCCAACCUACCACUACAGAGGGCGGUGAGCUGAAGUACGAAAUGCGGAUCAUCGCACAGAAUGUGGAGACAUAUGCGCUGAUUCGCGAUCAUCCUGCGUUCGCACUAGACGUGCAUGCUGACACCCUACCACCUAGUCCGUCUAUAGGGCUGACGAUGGAAGAGGUACAUGGCCACGACCUGCGGGAUUCAUUGUGGUAUUUCGAUGGACAAGAUAUGCGAGUAUGGAUUGAUAUGCAAGACGUAUUAUCGUCAGUGUCCGCAGAACUUGGCCGAGAAUUACCAACGCCAGUCAAGAUACCCAUCGAUUUCUAUCCUUUGUCAGCCCUAAUUAACAAGGCCAUAAUCUUCGGCGUGGAGUCAGAACUGAUCCAACGCAGGGACACAAGUUUCGCCUUUCUGCGCUUUGGUACGCGGACGCACCUCUUCCUUCCCGCUCUCCUGCGCUACCACCUAGCGCAGUACAAUCACCCUGCAGCCCUACACCUAAGUCAUCAUUACCAGCAUCUACUGUACUUCCCCCACGCCCUCGAAAUCUUACUGCAUGAGGUUCUGGAUGAAGAGGUGGACACGCAACCGCCACCAGAGCAAGCAUUGCUACCGAGCGUUUUAUCAUUCCUCAGCUCAUUUCCACAAUAUCUCGAGAUUGUUGUGCAAUGUACACGUAAAACAGAAGUCCGUUCGUGGCGGACUUUGUUCUCAAAUCUUCCGCCACCAGAAGAGCUUUUCGAAGAGUCGCUGCAUAAAGGUAAUCUCAAGACUGCAGGCGGAUAUCUGCUCGUACUGCACACCUUCGAAGAGCUGCGGCCAACAGGCGACCAAGUGGUUCGCCUCCUCCAACGCGCGAAAGAUGAGCAGGAUUGGGAGCUCUGCAAAGAACUUGCACGCUUCCUCAUGGCGCUCGACGAAUCGGGUGCAACGUUGCGAAGUACGCUGGAACGCGUGGAGCUCAAGUCGCCAUCAGCAGAGCCAGAGGUUGGUCAAUCGCAUUUCACCUUCGAAACGACACGACUGAACGUACCUGUUCCCGACCGGGGACGAAGCAACGGCUUCAAGGUAAUAGACGGAGUCGGGAUAGAAUCCAGUUCUGAUGAUGGCCGAAACCGCGGAUCAAGAGGGAGUGACAGCAUUAGUACCGGAUUGAGCGGGCUGAGCCAUGAAAAUGUAAAUGCACAGCAGGAAACCAGCGACUAUUUUGAUCUUGGGUAA